ACAUUCGCUUCUAAAUUUUAAAAGGGAUGUUGCGAUUUCCUUCACGCGGUCGCUGUAGAUGAACGCGGCAUCUGUUUUAUCAGCCAGUGUUUUUAUUUAUUUACGCCCCUCCUGUCCUCCACGGUGGUUUCCAUGCUCCAGAGAGACGACAGGCUUUGAGCGAAAGGUAAAUAAUGAAAUGCCUUUAGGUGUCCGCUCUCUCUUCCUCUUGCAGGAGCACCAUGACUUUGACCAGAGGAUCUUUUACCUAUGCCAGUGGCGAGGAGUACCACGGCGAGUGGAAAGAGGGUCGGAGGCACGGCAUCGGUCAGCUCAAGUUUCAGGAUGGAACAUGCUACACUGGCCAGUUUGAGAAUGGACUCUUUCACGGUUCUGGCGUGCUGCUUUUCACAGAUGGGUCCAGGUACGAGGGGGAAUUUGCACACGGAAAAUUUCAAGGCUCGGGAGUCUUCAGUCGGUACGACGGCAUGAAGUUCGAAGGAGAAUUCAAAGAUGGCCGUGUUGAGGGAUAUGGGCUGCUGACGUUCCCUGAUGGAACUCACGGCGCUCCACGAAACGAGGGCUUGUUUCAAAACCACAAGCUGCAGAAGAGAGAGAAGUGUCCCGGAGUGGUGCAGCGUGCUCAGGCAUCGGCCACCAGUGCUCACAGCCUGGCACUAUGACUUCCUUAGACCUUAAAUGUGUUGGGAACAGAUUUUCAGCACCUUCGUGACGGGCCUUAAGGGUGAACAUUCCCAAUUAUAACUCCUCUUACCAUUUCUUAUAUAUAUAUAUAUAUAUAUAUAUCUUCACCAUCCUCAUUUGUCCACACUUAUGGUGACUUGAUGCAAAUGCGUUUCAACGUUUUUGGAUGGCUUUCUAUGAAACGAGCAACUCUACGAAGCACACCUUUAACUUGAUGAGAAAUGUAAGGGGGUAAAAGCUGCUCUCUCUCAUCUUCACAUCUAAAACGUGUCUGUGUCCUUCUAUAAUUGAUCGUUCUGCUGCUGAUUCCAUAAAUUAACUUAAGAAAAUGCUGCUUUACAGUAGAGUAGCUUAAAAGAGAAGAAAACCUCAUGGCAGCAUGUAAAAGAAAGAAUGUACAUAUCUGACUAUUCACAUUUGCCUUAAAGACAUUUCCACACAAUCACAUGCUUGGACAGUGUUCAUAAAAUAAUCAGAUGAUGAACAGCACCCUGUCCUCACCUUCUCACUGCAUGACUUGCCCUGAAGCGGCUGUCAAGCUUUAGGAGUUUGAGGCCUGUUUAAGGAUUGUUUUAGUGCCCAUCGUUUGCAAUUCUUCUUUUUUUUUGAUAAAUCUCUUUCUUCUUGUAGAACGUAUAAGGAAAAAGAUUUUACUCUGAUAACCUUUAAAGAUUGCCGUGAGUCAACAUCUGUACAACAUGUUCAAAUCAUCCAAUGCUGCUCAGAGGUUUAUAGAGUCCUCAUCGGCAUGAGUUUGGGUUGGUACGAUUGUACAACAAAUAAUUACGUUGAAGUUUUUGAAAAACCAGUUCAUUAGCUGAACAAGUUUGAACUUAUUGUGAGUUUUUUCUGUAUUCCAAACUGAGUCAAAAUAAUUCACGCAGGCUGGAGCACACACACACACACACAGCAACACACACACAC